AUGAAGUUGACAAUGGUUCUGGCGCUGCUUGACAACUCUCUCAGCCUUUGCAUAGAACCCAUGAGUUUUCAUUGGCAAGGUACGCAUAGAUCAAAGCACCUCCCUUUCUGUCUCCUUUGCUUUGCUCUCUCUCUCUCUCUCUCUCUCUCUCUCUCUCUAUCUAUCUAUUCUUCUCUCCACCCUCUCCCUCUAAAGUCCUCUCUCUUCUCUUUCUUCUUUUCACCUUUUUUCCCAUUCUGCAUUUCUCUAUUCUCGAUCUAUCUCUACUUAAGAUUGUCUCCCGCCUCCCCACGUUCAUCUUUUUCUUUCUUCAUAUAUCCUCCCUGUCCUCAUACCUCCUUUUCUCUUUGUCCCUGAGUUUUCUGCGGAGGAAUUUUUAUCUUUCCUCUCCCUCUCUCUCUCUCUGUCUCUCUCUCGAUCUUUGAAUCUCUUAUUUUGCCAUGAAGAGGCAGUCGGUGGCCUAGUUUUGUUAGAAUGUCGUGGGUAAUGUCUCCCUCAUUUUUCAAGGUUCAUGCUGCACAGUUAGCGUGUUUGUCUCCUCAUCUCGAAAUAAGCUUCGAAGUGUGAGGUAGAUCUUGCAUGUUUUGAGUUUCAGCAGAAGAUACAUUUCUCUCUGGUCCCAUUUCUUGGAAACUGCAGUCUGAUUUGUCAGGCAAGUUUAAUCCCUCAUUGAUGUUGUUAUGGAGGGUCAGUUGCUUUCAAUAAUGUAUGUUGUGACUGCGUUGUGAUUCCUAUUAUCAACUCUUAGUAAUUAUUCUCUUUCUUUUCAUAGUGAUGAAACGAGGAAUGACUCUACAUGAAAUGAAGCCAAUAACGAAAGUUACAUUAAUCAUGCGAUUUUGACGUUUCUCUUUGUUUAACAAAUUCAGUUUUGCAGAAAAGCUAUCAAAAUCAGGCUGCAGUUCUAGAUGAAUUGUUAUCUAAUUAUCUACACAAUGGAAUUCUCAUGAUAACUUUGUUUACCUUCACACCAUUACAUACCAAUUUAUUGAAUUUUUUCUGAUUAUGAAUUUCCUUGAUUUUGAAGUCGAAAGUGUACUGGAUUGUGAAACGGAACAACUUUAUGAUGAUGGAAAGUUGGCAGAAAAAAAAGCUGCUCUUCAGUUGGCUCUAUCUCAGCUUGCGGGAGAUUUUGAUCGAGAAUCCAUGUUAUCAUUGCGUCGUUUCUUUGUUUCACGUUACACUCCAGUGAUAUCAACAGGCUCUUUGAAGCUUGAUCAGGCUCUAGGAAUUGGAGGCCUACCAAAGGUUGGUACAUUCAAUAUCACCACGACUUUCAACAUCUACCCCUAUUAUUGCAUCAUUUGUAAUUUGCCCCUCUCUGUUAGUCAUUUCAAGUUUCAGAUUUAUAAGUAAUUUUGAUUUGCCUGUGACAUGCUGUGGAUUUUUUGACGUCUUCUCUCUCUCUCUCUCUCUCUCUCUCUCUCUCUCUCUAUCUCAUGUUGGGUGUGAUGCCAUUAAAUUUCCUGACGAAGAAUGCAUGUUCAGAGACCUUUGCAGCACUAGUGGAUGGCGGUUUUAUUUUCUACAAGGCUAGGAGGUUCAAGGGGAGAUAUCCAAUUAACUGACAGGCCUUGUCUGGCGAAGAUCCAGAUUGGAUUUUUCUCGUAUGUGUGCAUAUAGAAUUUUUUUUCCAACUUUGUAAUUAUCCUCCUAAAAUCCACGACUUUGCAUUGCCUUCUCAAUUUAACUUGGUCCUUUAUGGAACAAGUUUGACAUAAAAUCCUUGAAAGGAUCAGAGAUAUUCCAUAAUCAUUUCUUUGGAAUGAGAAUUCCAAUAUUUUUCCAUGUACGUGCAGUUUAAGAGGUGUUUCACAGUUUCCAAUUCAGUAUUCUUGAAGUCGUAAAGCUUAAGUUACCAUUACCUUUUUGUCGUCUUCAGUUUCUGCAUUACAGUAGUCAUUUUUAUUCCUAGAACUGCAUAAACUCUAGAGUAAGCGUGGCUUUUUUCUGCUUAAAAUUUCGCGCUAUAUUUUUUUAUUAGUUAGUGCUUCCUUAAUUCUAAUGGAUGUAGUUGAUGACGACCAUUUAUAUCAUAAAUUCACAUCAGAAAAUGCUAUGUAUUUAUUGAUCUAUGUUUGAAGUGCAGGGGAGAAUUGUUGAGAUUUAUGGGAAAGAGGCAUCUGGUAAAACGACUCUUGCUCUUCAUGUUAUUAAGGAAGCCCAGAAACGUGGAGGUUCUUCAUUACACUUAGAUUUUUGAUUAUUCUAAUUCAUCUUAUUCUGUCAUUGCUAUUUUUAAGGAUUAUUUGUUUCUGUUAUUUGAUUCUCAGUUAGACAAUCGGAUACGGUAUGAGGAUAUUACAGUGGUUAGGGGCAAUGAUGUCUUUCGAGAUAAACAAGACUAAUUCGAAAUAGUAACUGCAGGGCCAUUGCAACCAUUAUUUUGUAGGCAAGAUAAUUGAGUGUUGCUAGUGAUUUUAUUUCUAAAUAUGUGCAUGGAAUUGAUUUGGACAGUUUUCAAAGUAUCCUUUACGAAACUUGGCUGGCAAGACACAUAAGGCACCUGUUUGCUUCUGUUUGCGAGAGCGGCCAUGUGUUAAUCAAGUCUGAAUAAUUUUUUUACUACUGGUUAAGUAUAAUUAAUUAACUAACAUGAAUAAUUAAUCACUUAACUUUAUAUAUCGUAUUAAAAUUGGAGCAAAAUCAGGUUAUCUUUGUUGCCUGUUUUCUUUAUUAUAAAGAAUGAAAAGAAGAGGGUGAGUAUACCAGAAGCCCUAAUAUAGCUCUCAUAGGAUCAUGUUUUAAAUAUCUUGUGGGCCUAUUAGGUUUAAUUUUCUAUUUGGCUUGCUGUUUUAAUAUCAAUUUGCUUUAACCUGUUACAUUUGGUACAAAUAGGCACUGCUCAUGAACCAAUAGAUCAAUAAAGAAAUAGAUGAUCGAACUGUUGUCGAAAUUUGGGUACUAGAUGGAUCAGAAGAAGGGUUUGGAGAUAAAGUCAGAGCUGUGGAAGCUAGUAAUGAAGUCUUAGCAGUAGAAACUGUCAAUAAAGGCACAGUUGGAGACAACAGAGGUGGAGGCAUAGUAGUGGAGGCCAAAGAAAAAGGGACCUACAAUGAAGUCAUAGUAGAAGUCAGAGUAGAAAAGUAAUGGAUAAAGAGCUUCCAUACGAUUUAUUCUUUGCCUUGUUUCUUGUAGAAGGUCUUUUCUAACAUUUUGGUUGCAUGAGCCAUGGUAUCUUAGGGCCAACACAUGUUACCUGACAUGUUACCUGUCAUUUGCAUGUGCUGUGCAGUCCUAGCCACUUACGUAUGACAAAUGCCGAAUUGUGUCACAUUGUUGUGGUUGCCUGUGUUGACUUAUGCUCUAUGACUGAGACAGCAGGGUGGAAUUAGCUCCACAAGAUCUGUGCAAGUGGUAGCAGUAGUUAAUGGUCAUGAUGGUAGCAGCGACGAGUGGGGGCCAAAAGGGCUGUACCACUUGAGUAGUCAAAGAAAAGCAGCAAUGACUACUGUUCUUCUUGUAGGGCAAAGGAUGACCAGUAGAGUGCCAUUACCUGUGUAGGGCAAUCGCAAGCAGAGGCAGCUGGAAGGAGUGUGCAGAUAAUGAAUGUAAAACUAGUCACUGAUGACUUGUGCUAGAGUUGCCACUAUUUUCUUUCACACGCUCAUAGAUGACAAGGUUUGAAGGUGGCAGCAGUGACAGCAAUACAAUUAGAACGCCUUGAGAAUCUUAGGAAACUGUAACCUUAAGCUAGGAUACCACGUCAAAAUGGGAAUCGAUUAGGUUAAAUUCUUGGCUCUCUGCUUCCCUCGUUUUAAAUGGAAAGAGAGUGGGCAGUAUACUAUAAGGCCUAAUAUGGUGCUAAUAGGCCUACAUUCUAAAUGACGCAUUAACAGACUAACACAAGGUUAUAUGAACUUGUUGAGUUUAUUUUAAAAUGGUCUUAAUAACAUAUCAGUUAUGAAACUUCAUACGAAUAAUUGUUUUUAAUUUCAAUAUUUCUCAAUAUAUACCUACUUAUCUUAUUCAUCUGUAAACUGAUUAAUUAAUCAAUUAAUUACCUUUAGUCAUUAGUAGUGGUCAUUGAUAGGUAGGCUAUUGUUUCGGAUGUGGAUUAGUCCAGCUCACUAAUUUAAUUCUCUAUUCUUCUAGUUGAUUGUGGUUGGAAUAUUUAAUGUUGCUUAUAUUAGAAAGGAGAUCUAUCAUUUUGGUAAGAGAAAUGAUUUGAUGGUUUUUAAUUGUGUAUUUCUCGUAUGUAUUUGAUAGGGAUUGAUCUGACAUUAAUUUCAAAUAUGCUUUGUGAAGGAGAAACCUUUUGAAUUUAGGACUACAAUUUUGGACGAUGUGCAGUGAUGUUAGAUGCUUACCUAACCUUUUACAAUAAUUUUGACUCUAGUAACGUAACCAAACCUUUGAGCCUUGCUCAAUUGCAAGUUUGUUUACAUUACAACAGAAACAACAUCGAGCUUACAGAUUCAUGAGAGAAGAAGCUGCGAAAGUUCAGGGAGCUCAUGUGGAUUUCGCCAGAAUCUCUUAAAAGCUUCUAAUCGCCGAGUUAGGGUUUUAAUGACGUGAUUUUUUAGAGGUUUAAAUAGAUCUCCCAUGCCAAGGGUCUUUUGUAGCCUGAGAAGCUCAACUAGCCAUAUAAAGGUUUCUCUUUUGAUAGAUGAAAACGUCUAUAUUUUGAGCUCUUUUAGCUUUUUAUUUUAUGCAAGGUAAUUUUGGGAAAUCCUCAGAUGCUGCACUUGAGUUUUCCUUCUUUUAAUUGUGCACACUUUAGUUCCGCUCUUCUCCAUGUGUCAAGCUUUCCUAUGGUUGCUAAGACAUUCAUCCCAGGGAUCGACCCCUCUAUAAAUAGCUCAUUAGUUUUUAGUGGAGGCUAACACUAUCUCUCAGGUGCCAACACGUGUAAACUGGUUUCUGCCAUUCAUGAGUGCCGACACUUUCUUACAAGGUGUUGACACUCAUGCACUUGCCUGUCACACGUUUACUAGAGUUGUUGACACAUAUUUCCUAUAACUUAAGAAUUUCAUUAUUUAUCACAUAAAUAAUCAUAAACAUUUCUUGUCACAUCAAUAUAUACAAGCUAAUAACAUUUUAAUAUGAUGCCAAACACAACAAUCUGUCCUAUAUAAUCUUCAAAAAAAUUGGCUCAUCAAAAGCAACUUGGAAUUUUAGCACAACUGAGAAAUCCAGCAGGGUCAUUAUUCCCUUGUUGACGAAAAUAUGUUUAUAAAGCAAGAUUAAUGUCUUUUGUAUCUCAGGAAGCAUUUCCAGAGCACUUGCAGCCAUCUAAAAUGCAAUUCCUUAUUCACUGAAGUUAUUUUUAUAAUAAUGGAAUCCAUCGAUUCUGUGCAUACUUUUUCAGGAGAGCAAUGAUCAUUUCAUUGUAACAUGUAGAAUUUGGAUAUUCUGUUUUAAGGUCAUGCCAGUCAGUUCGAAGUACCGACUCAUGUAGAAUUUGGACACUUACCCUUUUUAAGGAGGCUGUUUCCUCAAGAGCCGAUAUAUGUUUUACUUCUUAUUUGUGUAUCUUCUAAUAAUAGGUGUCUGUAUUUUCAAAUUUCUAAACUUAAAUGGAUUCUAGGUAUAACUCUUCCAGAAAAGAGAGCUCUUUUUUUCAUUUUCCGAAAAGCAUAAACAGUAGUUUUUAGCAAAUCACAUUUACUCAUUUGGAAAAAAAGGUAAACAUUCACCGUUUCCUCAAACGUAUGGGAAAGUUCCAAUAUCUAUUCAGGUGAAUGCUUUUAUUAGUAAUAUAUUUUCUUUAUAUGUUUUCCACAGAUGAAGGUUAGAACUGGGUCUACUUUAGCUUUUGUGCUGUGACUGUCUCGUAAUUUAGGGCCCUCCUGUUAGUGCUGUUUCAAAAAUGCGUUUUAGUAUUAUUUGGUAUACCAGAGGUUGCGCUUGAUUCAGCUGUCAUACUUGCUUGCUCUUCAAGAGUCACAGUUUUAUGACUGUGCGUCUGUACUAUAUAUUGCAGGAUUUUGUGCAUACUUGGACUUGGAGAAUUCCUUAGAUCCAUCAUUCGUUGAAUCGGUUGGAGUUGACACUGAGGGACUUCUUUGUGCACGUCCAAGUUCAGCUGAAAAUUCUCUGAGUGUUGUUAAUACUCUGGUCAAUAGUGGAUCUAUAGAUGUCAUUGUAGUUGACAGCGUAUGAUUCACUAACUGUGCCUAAAUUUAUAGGCUUUUCAGUAGUCUUUUUGAAAGUCUAUGUUCAAUUGUGACUUGAUAUUUUCCUUUUUUUUUCGUUAAUGUUGUUUUAAAAUUGACACCUGAAUGUAAAUUACAUGUGAUCACUCAUGCAUAAAUUGCAUUUUUUUGUUGGCAUCUAAUCAGAAUAGAAAUAAACCUGCAUAUCUACGAUUGCGACCUAUUUGCCUUCUCAGAUUGUAACUAUAACGUGGGGUUUAUGUUUCUAUAUUUCUAUUCUGUAGAGUAUAUUCUGGUGAAAGUUUCCUUCUUUUAUGACAAUUUUUCAUGAAGCUUUGCAGCCCUUGAUAAUGGGAGCUGUUCUUCUCGUAGACUUUUAUAUGUGGCGCAACUGGACUCCUAAGAAAGGAGUUUGGGUCGCUCUACUACACUGCAUGGAUUCCAAAGGCUAUACUACACUCCCUCAAGCUGAGCAGAGGACAUACCACAAUAUCCACACUUCAACUCAUAAAAAGAUAACUUGUGAUUAUGGAAUGGUCUAAAAAUUCGUUUAGCAUAGAAUGGGCUAAAAAUUAGAAUGCAAUUUAGUCUGAAUACGUAUACCUAAUGUGGAUCUAUGUGAUUAACGAGUGUUUUCAUGGUGAAGACAUGACGUAGCAUAUAAUCCUUUUCUCAACCUCCAAUUGUGGAGUCAAAGGGCCGUUCGCAAGAGAACUAGCAAUGAUCCAGAGAAUUUCCCCUUCUGAUUUAGAAAUAAGACAAUUUUUGAUCUUGUAAAUCUUGGAGGUGAUCUGCUAUUAAACUUUUAGAAAUAUGUUAUAAUGCAAUUGAAGACAGAUUUUUUCCCAUUAAUUUUCUGGCAAUCUAAUAUUUAUUAGCCUUCGGCUUGUCCAUAUAUCACUGUGGAAUCAUCAGAAGGAUGCGACUUAGCAGAGUUUAUUUCUCUACAUUUUGAUAAUGUUGAUAUCACAACUUUCUGCUGCCUUAGGAUUCGAAUAACGUUGAUGGAAGCAAAUGCCACUGAAACCCUAUACAGUUGACAAUUUCCUAAUGCUUCUAGAAAAGCACAUCAUCCGCUUACAAAUGGCCAAGAUUUAUUAGCACUCUUGAUGCAUCACACAGAUCUCAACUCUAUGUCAGACUGUGCAUACACAUCCCUCUUCUUUCUAUAUCUUAUCUUGUUUUGAAAUAUCAAAUAUUCAUAAAUCAUACAUAAAGGCUGUUUUAUAUUUGAAGAGUCUUUAAAUGAAAGCAAAAGACAAUGUAAUGUGUUUCCUAAAAUUGUCAACUCACUGUCGAAUAUUGUGUGGUAGUUCAAACCUAGUUACAGAUGGUUUAAAUUGAAAGAGUAGCUGGUGUGAAGAAUCCCGGCAUUUUUUGUUGAAUAGCUUAUUGGUUUGUGAUCAGUGUGUUAAGAUUUAUCAUUAUGAUGAUUGUUGUUGCUGUGCAAGAUUGGUGCUCCAAUCAUUGGAUAAUUUAUCAAGCAUUAAAUUGUUUCUGUUCCGCGAUCUGCCGUAGAUUAGUGUGUUACAAGUGGGUAUUUUUACUGAUAGGCUAUUUUAAAUGAUGCAAAAUAGAUUUAAUUUUAUUAACAUAAAGAUGAAAAGUGUGAUUUUGUGUUCUAAUAAUGCAUAUUGAACAGUGUUUUGAUAAGAAAGAGGGGUUAUAUACAAUGGUGCAUAGGGUUGAGAUAGCUUCAAAGUAGUUCACAUAUAAAUGAAACGAGAAAAGACCUACCCUAUUUUUUUCUCGUUUCAUUUUUUUUAGAUUCUGUUCUCAUCAUUUUUGAUUUAAAGACUGGCUGUUUUUAUUGCAGGUAGCUGCUCUCAUUCCUCAACAUGAACUUGAAAGAGUGAUCGACCUCACAUCCCAAGAAAUGCAGUCAAGAUUAAUGACUCAAGCACUUCGUAAAAUUUAUCAUUCACUGAGUCGAUCUCAAACCCUUUUGAUCCUUGUUAACCAGGUAGAUACAUAAUCUCAUAUAUUUUUUUGCACAUCUAGAUUCAUUAUAGACUGCUUUGUCUUUUAUGUGAAAAAAAGAAGACAUUUACUGUUUGAUGAUGGAUCAAACAUCAUCCUCUAUGAUGUUCAUUGUUUUUUUUCUCUGUAAAUUGAGCUUUUAAUUUACCUAAAGAAGUCCAUUGCAACUCAUAAUUAAUUGGGUGUUAUUUCUUCCAUGGCUGUCACAGUAUACCAUUUUUCUUUUCACGAUUUAUAGUUAUAAAGCUAGGUUUACUCAUCAGGUGGGAUAUGGACUAUAUUGUUCCAAUAACCUUUAGGCAUCCAGAGAAGAUAGAGGAAUGUAUGCAUAUAUAGUUGAAGAGUAAUCCUCAAAAGAACCUACCCAAACCACGGAGCAGCUGAUACAGGAACAAGAUUGACACAGGGAUCAAUUACCCAUGUCAUUAUCAAUGAGAAAGAGAAGGCGCAUGCUCUGUAUGGAGAUAGCAUGAAGAUUUUCAUCCUGUCUUGAACAUUAUGUUUAUCCCUCAUAACAGAUUCGAAUUUCCCAGUUUUAAACUUACAUGUCAUUUUGUUGUUAUUGAGAACAUUACAGUCAUUAUGCAUACCUAAUUAUUUGCGUUACUUUCAAUAUAAAUGAUAAAUUGAGGCUCUGAUAAGUGGAGACUGAUGGCUAUCUAAAGAAUGUUCUUGUGUUGUAGCCUAGACUUCUACAUAGAAUAACGAGUUUCACCCAAACCCAGAAAAAUCGUUUGUCUGUUAUUGCCGCUAUCUAUUUCAUGCUAUUUUACCUUUGCUUUCAUGUGUUCAGAGGUUUCCUUGUCUAUUUCAUUCCAUUUUACAAUACCUGAGCUUUCCUUUUCUAACCUGGUCUAAAUUUGACAUAGCGCGCCUGAAACUGAUCUCGGCCAAGUGAAUUUCUUCCCUUUGUGACAUGUAUCGAAUGGUGAAUUAUCAUAUGUCAGAUAUUAGUGUCUGGUCCACUGCUAGUUGCCUGUCAUUAAACCACUGCUUUUGCCCACACCUGCUUCCACAGCUGGCUGCCUGGCCAUGCCAAAUGGCACGCUCCCACAGCUAAUGUUUCAGUGGACAGUGAUGGCCUAUAAACCUUAAAGAACCCAUUUGAGCAUUUGAGGGUAAAUUUGACCUUAGUACAGCCUAUUACAGUUGACUUAAGCUUGGGAGGGGCCUAGCCCGGAGGCCCCUAUUCAGGGCCUAUUUCGAGGCCCAGGCUGGUCUGGGCCUCCAAAAUGAGUUUUGGGCUCAGACUUGCCUUGGCUAGGCCUGGCCCAGCCCAGCCUGUUGACAGCCCUACUCGUAUUGCUCGUGAAAUGUCUUUCAUAUUUUAUUUUUUUGCUGCUACAUUUGUCAUGUGACUCAAGGGCACCCAUGGCCUUUGUCUAUCUUCCAACUAAGGAUUUCCCUUUGUUUCCAGGUUAGGUCAAACUUAAAACAAGUCAUUGGACAUGUAGGAGAGGUAACAUGUGGUGGGAAUGCUGUGAAGUUUUACUCAGCAAUACGGCUGAGAACUUCCAGGGUCGGUUUGUUUCAGACUGAAGAUGAGGUCUGUUUCUACCGUAGAUUAAGUACCUUUGUUUUUCUCCUUAUUGUAAAAUAUAUGGUUGCCAGUUGCUUGUUUGAAGUUAUCUUAUGCAUCAGUUCUUGGGUUUAUUACUUGGAACUUGAUAAAGGCUAAUAUUACAUUCCGUAAUUUGAGAUUAAAUUUUAUAAUCAAAUGGCUAAAGUUGCCUAGUCUGUAGUGGGUGUGCUGUUUUAUCUAUAAUUAGAGUCAGUGUAGGAUGGCCAGCUUUCUUGUAUUAUCUCCUACCUUAUCAUCCCCAAGUUCUUAAAAAGAAAUGCUUUUGUCUUCUUUUUUUCAUUUUUUAUCUUGAAACAUACCCAAAUUCAAUAUCAUUCUUAUUUCUGAUUUGAGAUAAUCGUUUUCUUUAUUCGAAUAUAAAAAUAUGACAGUUUUCAAGUACAUGGACAUAAAUUUUAUGAAUUAGUGAAAACUGUUGAAAUUAAGGGUCCUGUUUUUUAAACCAAUAAAUUUAAGUAACGUCGAAUAUGUUGAUUGAUUUUAGAAGAAAAAUGAAAAAUCUCAUUUUCAUAUUUAUUGAUUAUUAAAAAAUAUUCAAAGAACGAAAACAAUUCCUUUGAAUCCUUUGAAUGCCUCUCUCGAGGACUAGCUAUCAAGAAAAAAAUUAAACUGUUAUUGCAUCGAGGAAAGCUAUUUCAUCGGUAAUUAUUGCUUGAAUUAUAUUCCGUUUUAAUCAUGAUGCGUCAACACUUGAGCUCCUCCAAAAGAUAUUCAUUUGAAUGAUGGUUCCUCAAAUGAUUAAUUUCAUAGAAAAUUAUGUUCGUGGCAAAUUUGAUGGAUGCAUCUAAGCUUUCUAUGUGAUUUUCUCCGUCAAUCUCUCAUGAAACAGCUAGUAUUGUUGCCAUCGUUAAGCCAUCAUAUUAAAGUUUGCAUCAAAACCCUAAUCACAUUGGACUCCCAAUCUUUUCCACUUUCUGUAUUUUUUUCUUCCAAGUGAAGAAGCAUCUUCUACUUUGUUCUACUUUUUUGAAAUCUUGUUUCAACUUGUCCCUUCAUCCUAUGCAUUGAUGAAUCUCUUUUAGAUCACUGGGGUCAAUAUAUCUGUGCAAGUUAUCAAAAAUAAGCUUGCACCUGCCAUGAGGAAGGCCGAGCUGUGCCUGGAAUUCAGCAGGGGCAUUCGUCAUGAGGCAGAGAUCUUGGAGAUGGCCUCUCACUAUGGCGUUAUUUUGAGAGAGCGCAAUGGUUACUGGAUACAAGGAGAGUUUCUAAGAGACAAGGCGGAGGCUGAAAAAUACAUUGCCCAAAAUAGUAAUUUAGCUGAUGAACUUGUUAGUACACUCAGAAGCCAGCUGUUUGAGCUGUGA